AUGUUUGUUCAGCUCUUCUUGGUGUUUUUCUGGUAUCUUAAGGUAGAAGGUGCGACCCUGUGGUGCUAUAAAAGUGACAACGACUACACAAAAACGGAGUUAAUUCUACCGAAGGAUCUUUUGGCGUCUGAAUAUUUCAAUAAGAAUCUUAGGACUGUGAUAUACACUUUCGGAUUCAGAGCUUCAACAAACGGUUCGAUCACAAAAGACGUUGUGAAAGCCUACAAUGAUUACAAGAAGGAAAACGACAUCAAUUUCUUAUUGCUCGACUGGGAAAAGGAAGCCAACAGCGGGUUAGGGGGCGUCAUACUCGAAUAUCCAACGAGUGGCGUUUUAAAUGCCAAAACGAUUGGGAAGGAGUUGGGAGAUAACCUACUGGUACUGUCAGACAAUGGUGUUAAUUUGGGUGACGUGCACUUGAUAGCACAUUCCUUGGGGGCACAUCUCAUGGGCUAUGCUGGUAAACGAGUCAAUCAGAAGAAAAAGUCCAUUGGAAGAAUAACUGGCUUAGACCCAGCUGGGCCUUUGUACACGGGGCCUAUAUCGAUAGAAGGCCUACGGAAGGGUGAUGCGACGUUUGUAGAUAUCGUUCACUCGAAUCCCGGAUUAUACGGAACCUCAGACAGCGAUGGUGACGUUGAUAUAUGGACAAACUGCGAUAUGCUGCGACAACCUGGAUGUCCGAAUAAAACUUCUAAUUUUUUCAGCGAGGAUGACCGCUGCAGCCACGACCGCGCGCCUUUGUACUUUGUUGAAACACUAUCAUCACCGUCCGCUUUUGCAGCUGUAAAGGCAGAUAAUUGCAACGAAUGGAAGCUGAUGACCGACAAAGAGGGAGACACCAGCAGCGAAAUUGUAUAUAUGGGUUAUCAAAUUAAUACAGAAGCAAAAGGAAACUUCUACUUAAGGACAAAUUCAAAGUCUCCGUAUGGGAAAGGGCUUGACGGGAUUUAUCCAUGA